AUGUCCUGCUACGACCUCUGCGCCCCCAGCAGCAGCAUCGCCUGCCCGCAGCCCGUGGCCAACAGCUGCAACGAGCCGUGUGUCCGGCAGUGUCCGGACUCCACCGCCCUCAUCCAGCCGCCCCCGGUGGUGGUCACCUUCCCUGGGCCCAUCCUCAGCUCCUUCCCGCAGCAAGCCGUGGUGGGAUCCACGGGAGCUCCAGCUUUUGGCGGCUCCCUGGGUUAUGGGGGCGUCUACGGCGCUGGGGUUUUCCCGGGAUACGGAGCCCGCUCUGGCUACGGGAUCUCAGCGGUGGCCAGCGGCUCCUGUGGCCCCUCCACGUCUCGCCGCUUCAGCCGCCUCCUCCGUGGUUCCUGUGGGCCCUGCUGA